UCCUAGGAGCCCGCAGAGCCAGGCCAGGAUGGAGAGGAGACGGGUCACCUCAGCUGCCCGCCGCGCCUAUGUUUCCUCCUCGGAGAUGGUGGUGGGGGGCCUGACUCCCAGCCACCGCUUGGUUCCAGGCACCCGCUUCUCCCUGGCUCGAAUGCCACCCCCACUCCCGGCCCGGGUAGACUUCUCCUUGGCCGGGGCACUCAACACCGGCUUCAAGGAGACACGGGCCAGUGAGCGGGCAGAGAUGAUGGAGCUCAAUGACCGCUUCGCCAGUUACAUCGAGAAGGUGCGCUUCCUGGAACAGCAGAACAAGGCACUGGCUGCGGAGCUGAACCAGCUGCGGGCCAAGGAGCCCACCAAGCUGGCCGACGUCUACCAGACUGAGCUGCGCGAGCUGCGCCUGCGGCUCGAUCACCUCACCGCCAACUGCGCCCGGCUCGAGGUCGAGAGGGACAAUCUGGCGCAGGACCUGGGCACCCUGAGGCAGAAGCUCCAGGAUGAAACCAACCUGAGGCUGGAGGCCGAGAACAACCUGGCUGCCUAUCGACAGGAGGCAGAUGAAGCCACCCUGGCCCGUCUGGAUCUGGAGAGGAAGAUUGAGUCUCUGGAGGAGGAAAUCCAGUUCUUGAGGAAGAUCCAUGAGGAGGAGGUGCGGGAGCUCCAGGGGCAGCUGGCCCGGCAGCAGGUCCAUGUGGAGCUGGAUGUGGCCAAGCCAGACCUCACAGCAGCCCUGAGAGAGAUCCGCACGCAGUAUGAGGCAGUGGCAUCCAGCAACAUGCACGAGGCAGAGGAGUGGUACCGGUCCAAGUUUGCGGACCUGACAGACGCCGCUGCCCGCAACGCGGAGCUGCUCCGCCGGGCCAAGCAUGAGGCCAACGACUACCGGCACCAGCUGCAGGUGUUGACCUGCGACCUGGAGUCCUUGCGCGGGACGAACCAGUCCCUGGAGAGGCAGAUGCGGGAGCAGGAGGAGCGUCACGCGCGGGAGGUAGCGAGUUACCAGGAGACCCUGGCCCGGCUGGAGGAGGAGGGGCAGACCCUCAAGGACGAGAUGGCCCGGCACCUGCAGGAGUACCAGGACCUGCUCAACAUCAAGCUGGCCCUGGACAUGGAGAUCGCCACCUACAGGAAGCUGCUGGAGGGCGAGGAGAACCGCAUCACCAUUCCUGUGCAGACCUUCUCCAACCUGCAGAUCCGAGGGGGCAAAAGCACCAAAGAAGGGGAAGGUCACAAGGUCACAAGACAUCUCAAAAGCCUCACAGUACAAGUUAUACCAAUUCAGGCUCACCAGAUUGUAAACGGAGCCCCGCCGGCUCUCGAAACCAGCCUGGACACCAAGUCCGUGUCGGAAGGCCAUCUCAAGAGAAACAUCGUGGUGAAGACUGUGGAGAUGCGGGAUGGAGAGGUCAUUAAGGAGUCCAAGCAGGAGCACAAGGACGUGAUGUGAGGCGGGAACCACCCGGAGGCCCCUGUCCCCUAUCGGGAGGGGCCUGCAGCAGUAAACAGGAUCGCUGCCCCUCCUCUGAUCGCUCAUUUCCCCAGACCUGAGUUCCCACCACCCCGUUGCAGCUGCUCCCCACGACGUCUCUAUGCCAGCUUUUGCCCUAGGCUCCAUCCGCAGUAGGCCCACCAGACAGCACCCACCUCACUCCCAGCAACUCCAUCUAAAAGGGCACUCACCCCAAAGGGGCAGCCUGGAGGGGCAUGGCCAGAAGCUUGGGUUAGAAUUGGGAGGGAAGAGAGAAGUUGGGGAGGGCCUAGAGACCUAAUAAAUCACUCUCCAUAGCCUAAUCCCUGUUGUCAUGGCAACCGUUGUCAGAGCUGGCGGUCUCUGGGCUAUCUGGGAAGUGGGCCUUGGAGUGUCCUCGGCUGCUGGAGGAAAACCGAGACUCUGAGACAGGAAGGGGAAGUUCCCACAGGCAUGGUAGCCCUGGCCAGCGGCUCAUUCUUAACCUAGACCGAGCCUGGCCGGUCUGAUAGUAGGCGGGGGUAUCCUACCACCUGGCGUCCCCAGCAGACAGAAUUCCUGGCCUGCCCAGAGGGAAUGAUGAUUCAAGUGUCUCAGCCUCACUGAGCUGCCAUGUGGGCAGUGGGAGCUUGAUUCUCAGCACUAGGGGGUCUUAGUCUACGUAGAGAGGGCAGUGGUGCUAGGAAGGAGUAGCGGGGGCUGCUUGGCCCCUAGGGGUCAGUUCAUGGAGGUCAAGCCCAGGAGGACAUCCCCCAUACAGGCUGGGGGAGGGAGGCAGGUAGAGUGGAGGAGGGAGGAGGAGGAUGCUAGGCAUCAGAGUUGGGGUUUGGGAUGACCAGCUAUACUUGGCCUCUGGGUCGUGGGAAUCAAAGAAGUGAUGCAUCCUCUUGAAGAUACUGAAAUAAGAGAAAAAGGGGCUGCCGUCCACAGGGGCAGGGCACCCUUUGUUCAGGUCUAAAGGCCCCUUCCUUGCUGCAGAAUCCCUGUCCACCCAAAGCCUCUGAGCCCCUGCAGCUGCUGCCUCCCAACCCAGCAGAUACCGCUGGGUGAAGCCAACGCCAUCCAUCUGCCUGUCUGUGCCCCAUAGUGACCUGAUGCUUUUCCCUAAACUACGGGCCCUGUGGUCCCCUCUUACUCAAAUGCAAGAUGCACCCAGUAGUCUAGGUAGCACUCUCUUUUAUAAUUCAGGAAAUGGAGGCACAAGCAGAGUGAAGACCCUGGUUUGGGUCCCUGCGGCCUGGAGAGGGAGCACACACGUCCACCCGGAGCAUCUACUCUGCUUUCCGCAGGAGGAUUGUGGGGAGCGUGGGAUUAUCUGUGCCCAGAAAUGAGGCUGAGAGGACCCACCCCAGGGGCCCCCUCUUCCCUCUAAGGCAGCGGUUCUCAACCUGUGGGUCGCGACCCGUUUGGCAGUCGAACGACCCUUUCACAGGGGUCGCCUAAGACCAUCCUGCAUAUCAGAU